CCGCGUUUUUUAUUUUCGGUCUGAUUAAAGGAAUUAACGAGAAAUUAAAGAUUAAAUUAAAAUUCUUUAUUCUGAAGAGCGAUUUAAACGACAUAGAACAUAGUUUUGAUGCGUUUAACUCAAGUUUAUAGUAAUGGCAUACAUGCUUGUACAGCUGGACGAAACUGGCGGGAACACUUUGGCCGUCGUUCACCAAAAUUGGCUUACGCCUUUAAAAAAGGAAGUUUUCUGGCCGCCAUACAAAACAUCUAAGCAAUAUAAAAAGUCGUUGCUGGAAGGCGAGGUAGUUAACGAAAACUCUUGGAUGCUGUAUGGCAUACAAAGAGUUUUUUUAACAACAGACGAGUUAUCCAAGGCAUUUGAAAAGGAAAGAGAAGCCGAGCUAACUAGCGACUUGGCUUCUGCUUCAGAGUGUGAAGCAAUAAAUGAGUCACCACUACGGCCUAAACGAAAUAGAAGACCCAGAAAAUUAGACAGUGAGGAUGAGUCUCAGUUUGUCAGGCCCCAGAAAAUUCAAUUAAAGAAACUAUCAGGAGCUGUUGAAAUCAGAGAUAUUAGUGGAGUGGCAGGACACAAACCUUUAGAAGCUACGGAAAACAAGUCCAGGGCGUUGGUUCAAGACCAAUUGUGGAAUCUAAAUCCAUCGACUUCAACACCUACGUCAGAUGUUCAGGAUGACCAGAUUGGUUUUAGGACUGUUCUAUCAACAUUAGCAUACAUAAAGGAACAAAACAGAACAAUUUUAAACAAAUUGAAUGAAUUAUCUCAGCCAAGGCAUGCAGAAAAGUGUGUUGAUAUACACACGAAAUUAUCUGUAAAGUUACCACUAGAUAGUACACGUGAUUUAAUAACAUUUGAGGAAUAUUUAGAAGUGGAAAGGAAUUUUGAUGAUGUAAGUAAUUGAACUUAAAAAACUA